AUGAGACGAGUCUACUACGUCCAAUUUCAUGAUUACGAUGCUGGAAUACCUAUCAAUGAUGAUCAAUGCCUCGCUGAAGCAUCAUUGAUGAACACUCCUUCAGUCAUUGACUUUUCCAAUGCGACCAAGGACGACUUGAAAGCUAAAGGUGGGGAGGUUACAUCAUUUUCCUGA